AUGCUGAGCGCCCAAGAGCCACCUCCACCCUCCGGGCUGCUGGGGGCCGCAGCUACCCGAGCCCCUGAGCCGCCGCUGCCGCGCAGCCCUCGGGGCACGGCCCUGGCUCCUGUCAAGCCCCUUACCUCCUUCCUCAUCCAGGACAUCUUAUGGGACGGGCCUGAGAAGCGCAGCACCGAGAGGCUCAGCCCUACUCCAGGGCCCGAGCCCGAGCCUAAGCUCGCGCCGCCGCCGGAGGCCGAGCCCGGCUCCUUGUCGGGGUCCGAGAGCGGCCCGGCGCUUCAGGACCAGCAGCCAGCGAGGCCCGCGGAGACUGACCGGAGAACUGAGCCAGGCUCCUCUCCCUCGGGGGCAGAAUCAGAUGCACCCUUUGAGACCUGUCUGUUGGACUGUGCAAACCCUCCAAGUGCUGCUUCCCCCAAAGCUCUGAAGCCACCCAAGCGGUCCCGGGCUGCCUUCUCCCACACCCAGGUCAUCGAGCUGGAGAGGAAGUUCAGCCACCAGAAGUAUCUGUCGGCCCCCGAGCGGGCUCACCUGGCCAAGAACCUCAAGCUCACUGAGACCCAGGUCAAAAUCUGGUUCCAGAAUAGACGGUAUAAGACCAAGAGAAAGCAGCUGACCUCUGAUCUGGGGGACCUCGAUAAGAACUCCCCCCUGCCCAGCCUGAAAGAAGAGAACUUCUCUGGGGCCUCGCUGAUCUCCAUGUAUAAUAGCUACCCCUAUUAUCCUUACCUCUACUGCUGGGGAGGUUGGAGUCCAGCUUUCUGGUAACCUUGGCUGGUGACUAGGGCCCAACCUGUAGCUGCUUCUUCCACUUUGUUCUCUGAAAGCAAGAGGGGGCCAGAGUCAGAGAGGGCAGGAGAGGAGAAGGGGGGGUCGUGCACCCUGCCAAAGGCUUGGAGCGGCAGUCAAGCUCCCAUUUCUUGAUUGUCAUGUCCUGUCCGCUAAAUCUGUGACCGGGCAUCCUAUUUAAUAUUUCAAUGGCACUCAGGACUACCCGAGGCACCAAACGAGGGUACUUUUCUCAUGCCAGGGAUCUGCAGAGAAGGAUUCUUGUUCAGAUGAGGCUUGGAUUUAGAUGGCCUCUCAGGUGUCUCCAACCAGCUCUGACAUCCUGAGUCCUGAAGUGGAUCUGACUCCCUCCCCACUCCCAGUUUAACUGUCUUUGCUUUGAACUACCUUUCUAAAAAAAAAAAGAGAGAAAGAAAGAAAAAAAAAACCUACGGAGAGCUCCAGGGCUCUCUUCCCAGUGCCUUUAUGCAUUGUUUUAUGAGCUGUCAGCAUCUCUGCUUCCGGGAGGGUCUGUUCUUUUCCUUCAGCUUGGUCACCUGUGUAAACGGAGCAUCUCAUGAGAAGCUAGAGUCAGAACAAGAGCAAAAGUGGUGCCAAGACUGGAGCCUUAGGACAGGGUCUGCACUGUGGUUCUUACCUAAUAAGAGGUCCCAGACCCCUUUGGAGCUGGGAACGUGCCUGGUGUUGUCUUUGUUUCUCCUUUUCCCCAUUCCUCACCCCUCACCCCAGUAGAAUGUCAGCUCCUUGAG